CUCAUUUUAUUUCUCUAAUUUCUAACAUGUAAAAAAUUCAUAGAGAGAGAGAGAGUGAAAGCAAAAUUUCUCCGAGGAAGAAGAGAAAACCUAUCUGAACCCACAGAAAAUAAAAAAAAAAUACAAAAAAAAACGAGAGAGAGAGUUUGGUUAAAUGUAUUUCUCUGGGAAAAAUCCGUUUCAGAGAUUAAUUCUUUCGCCACUUCAGAUCACAGACAGAAAAUUUUGUGUUGUUGUGCUAAUUUAUUGUUAUUCAUAAAUUCAUAAAUGCAAAAAGAUUGUAUCAGAUCCUCUAUAAUUUCUUUUUGCAUAUCUUUGAAUUCGCAUUGAGUUGGUUGUCGUCACGGAUUGUCAUAGCUCUGAUUUUCCUCUUAAUUCGAAGAUAAGUUUUUACGACUCGAAACGACGCCGCAGGAGGCACUUUGCGCCUGAGUACCAUAUGCAAUGGCUGAACCUUAGGGAGCCCUGUGCAAUGCGACCAACGUGGUUUGGAAGGAAGAGGCAUGCCAAUUCAUUACCUGUUAGGGUUUUUAUUUUUGUUAUUCGGGAUUUUUUUUCAUCGAUUUUCUUUGUAAUACUGCCGGAUUUUUGUUUUUCCUUGUACUGAUACGAGAACAUUGGAGAAGUUGGAUUAUUUUUCUCGUAGCUAAUUCAGUGUGUUUGUGUGUGUGUUUUAGGGUUUGAUUUGUCAGUGAAGGGAUUUGGAGGAGAUUUUCGCUUUUUGCGUCAUUGCCUCAUUGGUUGACUGACUAGACUUGUACCAUUUUAUAGCUUGUUGCAAAUUUGCAAUCACUACGUUAGUUUUUUGUGUUUUUACACGCAUGCUAUUUAUUUAUUGUUGUUGUAACUUGUAAGUGAUGGUUGUUAAUGUGGUCUGAAUUUACUUUCUAGAUGCUUUCAGUUUUGAAAGGAGUUUUCGUAUGCAAGAACCUCAACAUUGAGUGAUCAUGAUAUUCAAGAGAAUAUGAAGACCUAACAGGGUCUCACUUGAAUCUGGAAAGAAAUUUGUGAAACAUUCUAUGAUUCAGAACGCUGAUAUGAGACUCGAAUCAGGGACUUGUAAUGUGUGCUCAGCUCCUUGUUCAUCUUGCAUGCAUCUUAACCGAGCUCACAUGGGGUCAAAAGCUGAAGAAUUUUCUGAUGAAAACUGUCGCUUAGGGGAGGCUAAUCAGCAUUGCACUGACAAGGGUGAUAGAUCUUCUCUUAGGAGCAGAGCGUGUGAAAGAUUGAAGCAUGCUGUCAGUGAAACCAGUCACAUGACUAGUGUUUCUUCUAUUCAUGAUUCUCUAUCUGAAGAUGCUGAGAAUAGACGAGCCUUAUCAGAGAGGUAUCAGGAUUCCAAGUAUUUAGAAAGUCUUGACAAUAGCACUUGUAUCAGUAGGACCAGUAAUGCUAAUUUAGUGAACAGUAGUCAUCAAAUAAAUACAGAUAGAGUAAACAUUUCUUGUAGUUCAACUUCAAUUAGUCACUUAGGGGCAGAAGGAUCUGGAAAUGGGCCAUCUGUUGACAUGUUGCCAGAAUGCUAUAUGGAAAAUGUGGGUUCAUCAGUGACCAAAGAGAGAGUACCUAUUAUUGUUCCUGGUGAAAAAUCUCUGGCAGAUAAGGAAAACCUAAAUAACAGCACAGCCGAGAAUUCAAUAGGAAUAUCUCCAAAGUCAGAAGCAGAUACUGAAAAUAAUGUUGAUGUUGCUAAAGACAAAGAUCAUAAAUAUUCAGCCCGUGAUGGACUGCAUGAGAAGGUUGAGGAGCUGGUUAAAUCACCUGGCAGGGCUGAACCUCAGUCAGAAGACGAGAGUGACGAAUCAGAUGUUGUUGAGCAUGAUGUGAAAGUAUGUGACAUCUGUGGAGAUGCUGGUCGUGAGGAUCUACUUGCCAUAUGUAGUAGGUGCAGUGAUGGUGCAGAGCACACCUACUGCAUGCGAGAAAUGCUUGAGAAGGUCCCUGAAGGGGACUGGUUAUGUGAAGAAUGCAAGUACACAGAAGAGACUGCAAAUCGAAGGCUAGAUAUUGAAGGGAAAAAAAUUCAUAAGGUUUGUUCAACUUCACAAACUCCUGGCAAAAGGCCUUCUGAAAGCAUAGAAAUAGCUACAGCAGCUAAAAGGCAAGCUCUUGAAUCGAGCACAGGAUCACCAAAGGCAUCAAGCCCCAAGAGAAUAAGUCCACUAUCACGCGAAUCUUUGCUCAAGAACGUAGAUAAUGGAAAGUUGAAAUCUGGUCAACAGAUCCCCAUGCGUAACCACCUUGGUGGUGAUGACAAAGAACUUACUCGUUCUAUUUCCACUGGCCCUCGGAGUCAAAAUGCAAGGAGUACGUUGUUGAAGUCUAAUUCAUUCAACAACUUCAAUUCCAAGCCAAAAGUCAAACUUGUUGAUGAAGUUGUUCCCCAAAAGCAUAAAGGGGGUGUCGAACAUAUUUCUAAGAAUAUGGAGACACCUUCUAGGAUGAUAAGCAAAUUAAUGUCAUUUAAAUCCUCAAAUUUGGGUCGUUCAAGUGCUAUUGAAUCAAAAGUUAAAAUGCUUUCUUCCAAGCCUGGAACUGCUCAGGAUUUGAAAGCAUCAAGACAUGCAAAAGAAUCAGGUUCAUUUGACAGGAGAUUUCUGUCUAAGAUUGAUCGGCCUGUCAUUCGUUCAACCAUGGAUAGUUCUGUUGUAUCUACAUCAAAGGGUGAUCAGAAGCAUACACCACGUGGUGAAACUGCUAAACCUUCUACAGUUAACAACAAUAGAGAGUUUAAGGUCACCCAAGAUGGAAAAUUAUAUUCAGUAUCUAAGUCUAGCAGCACUAAAAGUCCAGAACCGCAAGUUAGUUCAGAUAAAACAUCGACCAAUGUUGAUGAAACUCAACAGGAUAGGUUGCCUCGACCACAGGAGAUAUCUAAUCAGGUCGACAAAAUCAAAGAUAGUUCUAGUGAUCGUGUGAGGUCAGGUAUUACUAAUGCAUCAAAAAGCUCAUUCUGUUGUAAAUGUAAAGAUUUUGGCCAUGCUACAGAAUGUUGCACAAAUAGUGGUACACAUGAAUUUGGUGCUGAAGCAUCAGUCACUGCCACAAGUAGUUCAAAAGUGAUGCAUAAAGGAAACAAAUUGAAAGCUGCAAUCCAGGCAGCUUUGCUUAGAAGGCCUGAAAUACACAAGAAGAAAGAAGCUCCUGAUCAAACUAAUGACUUUCCUACAUCAAGCAAAUUGAAAUGUGAAGUCACCUCUCAAAACCAAGUGUUGGUUUCCAACACAUUGAAAACUAGUAUAUCUGUUGAAGAAACCAAUGUAAAGCAGGAAAUCAUUGAGACUUCUACUCUUGAAGCCUCCAAAUGUCCAUCUGCAAAUGAUUUGAAGCAACUUUGUCAAACUGAGUUUUGCUCUCAGCUGAGCAAGUCAGAUUCUGUUGGUCUCACUUCUGGAAAGCCUGUAGUGAGAGACUUGCCCAUUAAUGACUUGGCAAUGUCAAGUGUUCUUUCAAAGAUGUCAGUUUUUCCAGAAUACGAGUACAUAUGGCAGGGUGUCUUUAAAGUGCAUAGAAACGGAAAGCCUCCUGACUUGUAUACUGGAAUUCAAGCACAUUUAUCCGCGUGUGCUUCCCCCAAGGUUGUUGAGGCGGUGAAAUUUUUUUUACCUGAAGUUGCCCUGAAUGAAGUUUCUCGUUUGAGCACAUGGCCUUCACAAUUUCAUCAAGGUGGUGCCAAGGAAGAUAAUAUUGCACUUUACUUCUUUGCAGAAGACAUUGAAAGUUAUGAAAGACACUACAAGGGUCUAUUGGAUCACAUGAUUAGAAAUGAUUUAGCACUUAGGGGGACCCUUGAUGGUGUUGAACUUCUCAUAUUUGCAUCCAAUCAGCUUCCAGAAAAUUCUCAACGUUGGAAUAUGUUAUUUUUCCUAUGGGGUAUAUUUAGAGGGAGGAGGAUCAAUAAUUCAGAUUCAGCAAAAAAUAUAUGUAUUCCCAGUUUGAAUGUGAUGCCAAAUGAGAAGGAUUUUCCUACUGCUGUCAUGACUUUGUCUGAAACUCGGUGUUCACUGAAGCGCAUGGAUGAAGAUUCCAUUGACCAAGGUCACAAUACGAUAAGUAGGAAUUUUGAUAGCAAAGAAACUAUUUUUGACCAGGCACAUCUGGGUUUGCAAGUAAAUUUAGAGAGACAAGAUAGUAGAAUCAACAUCAAAUCUACACCAGGGAUCCCGACCACUGGUACCCACUCGUGUCAAGAAAUGAAUCCUGCUGGUUCGUCUCUGAGAGAUAGUGUACCAGAGCAUCGACAAUACACAGAGUCUAAACCUCCUGAAGCAAUGGGAACUGGUGUAAGUAGUAGGAUUGUGGAAACAAAAAUUAAUUACAAUAUUUCUGUUAAGCAAGAGAAUUCUUUGUCUUCGGGGAUCCCUUCUGUUGGAUGCCAGGAGAUAGACACUGCAACGAAUAUCAGUAUGGAUGAAAUUUUGGAGACAACAAACAAUGAUGAAAAUCAACGAAGGCCUAAAAGGAAACAGAUGGAAGAUGAUAUCGAUAUUAACAUGGAGGCAAAGGGAGACCCGACUGUGAAAGGGGUCAACUGUCAGCUCCCUAAUGACAAAAAAGUUCAGCAUAUAGAUCUUUCUUAUACAUCUGUGGAGGCAACUACAGGCAGUUGUCAGAAAAUGCCUUGGAAUGAGGUAAACGGCAAAUUGGAAGACACAGAAAGUUCUUGCAAGAAGCUGCAAACAGGUUUUGGUGGAAUUUACGGAUGUUACAAUCCCGGAGCCAGAGGAUCUUUUAAUGGCAGUUUUGCAUCACUUGUAAAUGAUUUUGGUUCCUGUUCUUCAGUUGAGGACAAAGGGUGCAAAGAAGCUUGUGAUGAGAAAAUCAUCCACGAGGACUUUGGAACGAAGGAAAGAACCUUCUUUCCUGUCGAUACUUGUAAUAAAAAUGUCUCAGGGACGGUGCUGAAUAGUGAGUCACUGAAUGGGCAUCAUGAGUACGUGGACCAAUUUCAAGUUGGGAUUCCAAAUCUAGAGCUUGGUUUGGGGUGCGAAACGAAAGCGUCACACAAUAGUAUGCUGCCUUUCUUUGUUGACAGGAAAAAUAACCAGGAAAAGAGUCCAGAUGAGCGAGACGACGAGAGCGUUGCUGCAUCUCUCUCCCUGUCUCUAUCCUUUCCAUCUUCCAACAAGGAACCUGUUUCAAAAACUGAGCCUUUGCCUGAUGUGAAUCCGUCGUUUCUCCUUUUUGGGAGAUUGACGGGCAAAUAAAUAUGCUGCGCUGCUAUUUCUAAUCAUGUACAUUAUCUUGUUACAGAUGCUUUUGUCAAAGCUAUAGCCCAUCCAUGUAUGUAAUCGUCCACCUGUUCAUGUUCCCGGCAAAAAAUAAGCUUUCUCUUUACUACCUUAAAUACAUGCUUUUCGGAACGCAUAGUUACGGCUGUUUGUAUAUAUAAAGAGAAUUUCAGCCGCAUAAUUUCAGAAAUGUUACUAGGAACUUGCGGAUGACUAUUUUUAUGACAGGCUUUCCUUUGUUCCUGGCUUCAUCAUCUCUCUUUUCCAAUGUUAUAAUCAAUGAACACUUGAAUCAUUUGUUGCUCA